CUCCUAGAUAGUGCGCAGGCGCGAGCGCGCCGCGGAGAGGAGCUCGGUUCGGAGGCUGCUGGAGCGGGAAGAUGGCUGCAGCAGCGGCGGUGACGGCGGCCGAGCAGCAAAGUUCCAAUGGCCCUGUAAAGAAGUCCAUGCGUGAGAAGGCUGUUGAAAGGAGGAACAUCAAUAAAGAGCACAACAGUAACUUCAAAGCUGGGUAUAUUCCAAUUGAUGAAGAUCGUCUCCAUAAAACAGGGUUAAGAGGGAGAAAGGGCAACUUAGCCAUCUGUGUAAUUAUCCUCUUGUUUAUCCUGGCUGUCAUCAAUUUAAUUAUAACACUCGUUAUCUGGGCUGUGAUUCGGAUUGGACCAAAUGGCUGUGACAGCAUGGAGUUUCAUGAAAGUGGUCUGCUUAGAUUUAAGCAAGUAUCUGACAUGGGAGUUAUUCAUCCUUUGUAUAAGAGCACAGUAGGAGGAAGGCGAAAUGAAAAUUUGGUCAUCACUGGCAACAACCAGCCUAUUGUUUUUCAGCAAGGGACGACAAAGCUCAGUGUAGAAAAGAACAAAACUUCUAUUACAAGUGACAUUGGCAUGCAGUUUUUCGACCCAAGGACUCAAAAUGUCUUAUUCAGUACAGACUACGAAACUCAUGAGUUUCAUCUGCCGAGUGGAGUGAAAAGUUUGAAUGUUCAAAAAGCAUCUACUGAAAGGAUUACCAGCAAUGCUACCAGUGACUUAAAUAUAAAAGUUGAUGGGCGUGCUAUUGUGCGUGGGAAUGAAGGAGUGUUCAUUAUGGGCAAAACUAUUGAAUUUCACAUGGGUGGUAAUAUGGAAUUAAAGGCUGAAAAUAGCAUCAUCCUCAAUGGAACCGUGAUGGUUAGCCCGACUCGCCUGCCCACGUCCUCCAGUGGAGAUCAGCUAGGCGGCGGUGACUGGGUGCGCUACAAGCUCUGCAUGUGUGCUGAUGGGACGCUCUUCAAAGUGCAAGUGACCAGCCAGAACAUGGGCUGCCAGAUCUCAGACAAUCCCUGUGGAAACACGCAUUAGAAUGCCAGAGGUCAUCUCUGUUUAUCUGUUGACUCAACCUUUGUUUUUUAAGAAUACGCAUGCCAAUCAUGUUUUUACAGAGUCUGUGAUAACUCACUGUAAUUAUUUUAGUUGAGAGCACUACUGUAUGUAUUGUAUAGCUCCCUAUUUAAAAUAUUCUUGGAACCCUAAAUUUUACUAUAUUUUAUUAAGUUGCACUGAUUUUCAAAUGACAGUGCUCUAAAGAAUUACAAGAAAUUAAUGAGGGCCAGGGAGAUGGCUCAAUAGAAUAAGCACUUGCCUGGCAAGCACAAGAGCCUGAG